AUGGAUUAUGUGAAUGCGAGAGCGAAAAUUGCGGAAAAUUUGAGGAAUUCGAGAAGAAAUGAUAUGAUUUCGAUGUUUUUGGGAGAUGAAAAUGUGCAUGUGCUCAGAGCGGUUGAACCGACGUUGAGAAUCAGGUGAGCGCGUGUUUUUGAGCCAGGGAGCCUCGAAAAUUUGAAAUUUUGAUGAAAAAUUAGCCAGGAAGCUUCGAAAUUUGAAAUUUUGAGCAAAAAUUAGCCAGGGAGCCUCGAAAACCCGAAAUUUUGAUACAAAAUUAGCCAGGGAGCUUGGAAAUUUGAAAUUUUGAUGAAAAAUUGAGCCAGGGAGCUUGGAAAAUUGAAAUUUUGAUGAAAAAUUAGCCAGGGAGCUUGGAAAUUCGAAAUUUUGAUGAAAAAUUAGCCAGGGAGCUUGGAAAUUUGAAAUUUUGAUGAAAAAUUAGCCAGGGAGCUUGAAUAUUUGAAAUUUUGAUGAAAAAUUAGCCAGGGAGCCUCGGAAAAUUGAAAUUUUGAUGAAAAUUAGCCAGGGAGCCUCGAAAAUUUGAAUUUUUGAUGAAAAAUUAGCCAGGGAGCCUCGAAAAUUUGAAAUUUUGAUAAAAAUUAGCCAGGGAGCUUGGAAAUUUGAAAUUUUGAUGAAAAAUUAGCCAGGGAGCCUCGAAAAUUUGAAUUUUUGAUGAAAAAUUAGCCAAAAUUUGAAAUUUUGAUGAAGAAUUAGCCAGGGAGCCUCGAAAAUUUGAAAUUUUGAUGAAAAAUUAGCCAGGGAGCUUGGAAAUUUGAUGAAAAAUCAAUAAUUAUUGUUGCAGAUAUCACAAAAGACAUUGUGAUAUGGAAAGUGUUGACACCGAUGAUAUUGCCAGAUGUUUGGAGCGAAAACGGGAUAAUGUGGCGGCCAAAGAUCAAUUGGCCAAGUUAUUAUUCCACGAAAAAUGA